AUGAAAAUGAGAAUCGAGUUUCGUGGCACAGUCGCAAAAAUCAAAAAUCCUAACAUGCAAGAGGUGACAGCAUGUUGUCAGAAUAAUGAGGUGCAAACUGUUGAUUGCAUUCAUUUGGCUUCAAUGCUUAUCUCAUUAAAUGUUUUUUGGCGAUGUUUAGAGAAAACAUCUUUUAACAAUGAAGCUGUGCCGUGCGAGAAAAGACACAAAACACAAACCAAAUGUAAGCAAGCCAAACAGAACUCAGAAAUAUUAUUGGAGAAGCUUAUGAAAGAUGCACCUGGCACCUGGAAUGUUAUUGAAUGGUGA